UCUUUUUAAUGAGUCUUGAACGAACUUUCUUAAAUUUUCAGAAGAAUACUCUAGACAUUUUUAUUUUGUUUGUUCGAUCUGAAAAUGGAAUCGAUUUUAGCUCGAGCAUUGGAGUAUACUUUGAAGUACUGGCUUAAAUCAUUCUCAAGGGAUCAAUUUAAACUGCAAGGCCGUACCGGACAUCUCUAUAAUUUAGAUAUAAAUGGCGAUGCUUUGCACGCGAGUAUGGGGCUGCCGCUGGCUUUGACCGUGACGACAGCCAAAAUUGGGAAAUUGGAAAUAAUUCUGCCCAAAGUCAGUAAUGUACAGGUCGAUCCAAUUGUUUUACAAAUUGAUAGACUUGAUCUGGUUCUGGAAGAAAAUCCUGAUGUUGAUACUCCAAGUACCUCAAACAAUUACAACACGCAAUCAACCACCAGCUCAGGGAAAGGUAGCGGUUAUGCUUUUGCUGACAAGAUUGCAGAUGGAAUGACUCUACAGUUCCAGACAGUCAAUCUUCUACUUGAAACUCGUGGAGCUUCAAGUUUUGAAGGAGAAGCAGUUUGGGCGCCACCUAUGGCAUCUAUCACCAUGUGCAACCUUUCAUUUUAUACUACUAAUGAAAAUUGGAAGGUUGUAAAUCUUAAGGAAGCACGGGAUUUCUCCUCAAACAAAAAUCUCAUAUAUGUUUUCAGGAAACUUGAAUGGGAAUCUUUAUCUAUUGAUCUCCUGCCUCAUCCUGAAAUGUUCAGUGAUGAUCAUUUAGCACGGUCUGAAGUUGGGGGAGCUCAAAGAGAUGAUGGUGCAAAGCGUGUUUUCUUUGGCGGAGAACGUUUUCUUGAGGGCAUAUCAGGAGAGGCUUAUAUCACCGUGCAGAGGACAGAACUCAACAGUCCACUUGGCCUUGAGGUUCAGUUACAUGUUACAGAGGUUGUUUGCCCUGCAUUAAGUGAACCAGGUCUCCGAGCAUUUCUUCGCUUCUUGACUGGAUUAUAUGUAUGUCUAAAUAGAGGAGAUGUGGAUCUUAAGGCUCAGCAGCAUUCCGUUGAAUCAGCUGGACACUCACUAGUUUCUCUUGUUGUGGAGCAUGUAUUUCUUUGCAUCAAGGACCCUGAAUAUCAGCUUGACCUUUUGAUGCAGUCACUUCACUUUUCUCGGGCCAGUGUCUCUGAUGGAGAAAGUUCUCGUAAUUUUUCUAAGGUUAUGAUUGGUGGGCUGUUUUUAAGGGAUACCUUUUCUCGUCCUCCCUGUACUUUAGUGCAGCCAUCUAUGAAGAUUCUUGUUGAUUCUCAACUUCAUAUUCCCGAAUUUGGUGAGAAUUUUUGCCCUCCGAUAUAUCCUUUGGAUAAACAACAAUGGCAAUUACCUGUGGGUGUUCCUUUAAUAUGCCUCCACUCUCUUCAAAUCAAACCUUCUCCACUCCCUCCAUCUUUUGCUUCCCAAACUGUAAUUGAUUGUCAGCCUCUUAUGAUACAUCUUCAGGAAGAAUCUUGUUUGAGGAUAUAUUCCUUCUUAGCUGAUGGAGUAGUUGUCAAUCCUGGUUCUAUUGUACCAGAUUCUUCUGUGAAUUCCUUUGUGUUCACACUCAAGGAGUUGGAUAUUAGUGUUCCUCUGGACACUAGCAAAUUUGAUAAUCCUGGAGGCGACAAGAACCUUGUCAUGCAAAACACAUUUUCUGGAGCUAGGCUUCACUUUGAAAAGUUGUUUUUUUGCGAGUCGCCCUCACUAAACCACAAGCUACUGGAUCUGGAGAAGGAUCCUUCUUUUCUCUCUCUCUGGGAUGGGCAACCUGUUGAUGCUAGCCUGAAGAAAUGGACGGCCGAAGUAUCCCAACUCAGUUUAUUGUUGGAAACAACAGCUUGCAUAACUGGUUCUCAUGGCCGGUCUUCGGACUCGUGGAGGUGUGUUGAGCUGACAGAUACUUGUAUUGAGUUAGCUAUGGCAUCUUCUGACGGGAACCCAUUAACAGUUGUGCCUCCUCCAGGUGGUCUUGUAAGAAUAGGUGUUGCUUGCCAACAAUUUAUGUCCAAUACAUCAGUUGAGCAGUUCUUUUUUGUAUUGGACCUUUAUGGCUAUUUUGGUAAAGUCAGUGAAAAGAUUUCAGUGGAUGGAAAGAAUAAAACAUCAAAGAGAAACAAAGAUGAUAGUGCGGGUGCAAGACUGAUAGAGAAAGUUCCUAGUGAUACUGCUGUAAGUUUGGCAUUAAAUAUCCUUCAGCUUAGGUUUCUUGAAUCAUCCUCCUUGGAUAUCCAGGGCAUGCCAUUAGCUCAGUUUAUGGGGAAGAAUCUGUUCCUGAAAGUCACUCACAGAACUCUUGGUGGUGCUAUAGCUGUUUCAUCAACUUUGCGUUGGGAGAGUGUUCAGGUCGAAUGUGUACACACAGAGGGAAAUAUUGUACACAGUAAUAAGCCGCUGUUAGGUUCAGCUCAAAACGGUUCGUUGGUAACUGGGAAUGGAUUUUCUCCGUUGAGAACUGUUUUUUGGGUACACAACAAGCAGAAGCAGCUAUCUAAUCGAAAAGCUCCAUUAAUUCCAUUUCUUGAGAUAAGCACUGUGCAUGUCAUUCCUUUUAAUGAGCUGGACAAAGAGUGCCAUACUUUACGUCUGUCAGUUUGUAUAUCAGGUGUGCGGUUAGGCGGAGGAAUGAAUUAUACUGAGGCUCUGCUACAUCGAUUUGGAAUUUUUGGGCCCGAUGGUGGUCCCAGCAUGAGGCUUUCUAAGGGCAUAGAGAACUUGUCCUCUGGGCCACUAUCAAAACUUUUAAAUUCUUCAGUUUUCAUUGAUAAUGAUCUUGUGGAUGGUGAAACCUUGGGAGGUGUGAAAAAAGAUGAUUUUUUGCAGCUACAAAUCCCAGCUAAUGUGGAUGUAUCCGUCGAGUUACAAGACUGGUUAUUUGCACUUGAGUGUGGGCAAGAGAUGGCUGAAAUGUGGCGGUUCGAGAAAGAAGACUUAGGCAGAGAGUUUAGGUGUUGGCACAUGACUUUCCAAAGUUUGAUAGUAAAAGCAAAAAGUAGGCCGAAGGAUGUGAAGAACGUAAAAGUAUUUUCACAUGGAACGCAAAGAUAUCCUAUGGAGUUGGUCACGGUUAGUGUGGAAGGCCUGCAGACAUUGAAGCCUCAGGUCGAAAGAAGCACCCUUCAAGAUGCUUCACUUGCUAACGGCUUCAAAGAAAGUUUAAAGAUAUUUGGAGGAAUUAAUCUUGAAGUUCAUAUGGUGGUAUCAGAAGAUAACUUUGAGGACGAAAUUGUUAACUGGGUGGUGGAGAACUUUAAAUUCUCUGUCAAACAACCGCUUUCAUUCCAUCUUGUAGAUCGAGCCAUCAUAGCCAAGGAUGAAUUCGAGCACCCUUUUUUGUGCAAAGCUGAAGUUGAUUCAAUGGGUCGGUUAGCUGCUGGAAUCUUGCGGAUGCUCAAGUUCGAAAAGUCGCUUGGCAAGGAUACCAUAGAUAAACUUGGCAACCUUGGAAUCGAAGAGAUAUUCACACCAAAGUGCAGUCAAGGCAGCGGUUUUGGAAGUUUUGGACUAUCUCCGUCAUAUAAAUUGAUGACGGAAGACCAGCGCACAACACUGGCUUUGCUUGAGGAGCUGGUUUCGGAUUCACAGGCCAAGUGUGCCGCGCUUGUUACCAAAUCAUCUAAUUCAGAAUUUUUCCAGGUGAACCCUACUUAUAUUGAAGACUUAAGCAGAACUGGAUAACAUGCAUGGUUUACUGCUGCAAUUGCAGGGUCAUAUUUGAGCUCGUCGAUUCUCAUUCUUUAUCCAUCAAUUGUUUGCUUUGCAAUCAUAGUUUACUCAUUCUUUAUGUGUAUAGUAACAUAUGAUAAUUACAUGUCCGAGUAUAGAGAAAGCAAUUAAUGGUAUAAAUCCGAAAUUUUGUAAUUUACCCCCCAGAAUCAUGUUAAACAAGCAUGUCUGUACUUGAAAGCAGCUCCAACGUCUCGACUUAUCCUGAAAUUUAGCUAUGUUCAUCCCAAUGUUUCAUUUCAGC